AUGGGAAAGAGUGUCAUCCUGACAUGGCUUGCAGCCAAUAACAAUCCACCCAGUCACACCUCAUGGAACCUCAUGGAACCUCAUGGAACCUCAUGGAAUCCCAUGGAACCUCAUGGAACCUCAUGGAACCUCAUGGAACAUCAUGGAACCUCAUGGAACCUCAUGGAACAUCAUGGGACAUUAUGGAACAUCAUGGAACCUCAUGGAACAUCAUGGGACAUCAUGGAACAUCAUGGAACAUCAUGGAACAUCAUGGAACAUCAUGGGACAUCAUGGAACAUCAUGGAACAUCAUGGGACAUCAUGGAACAUCAUGGAACAUCAUGGAAUCCCAUGGAACAACACAGAAUCUUCUGGUUGCUGA